AUGUCCACCAUCGGUGUAACUGGUACCAAUGUGGUCCACACCACCUCAGGAACACCCAGUAGUCCUCAUGGUCCACACAUCACAUACCCUUCAACCACAGUUGCCAUCUCCAGCUCAGUACACACCACAGGGACUGUUCUUCCUACCACAAUGGAAGGCACAAGCCCUCCACAAACAUCAGUUCCUGUCAUUUAUACAACCAUGGCCACCACACAAGCUCAAAGCUCAUUCUCCACAGAAAGAACCUCUCCUUCCCACAGUUCAGAAACUUCCUCCAUGACAGGCAUUCCAUCCAUGUCAGUUCCUGCUACAAGCAUAUCAGCUAAACCCACCAUGAGUGUAACUGGUACUGUGCCAGUCUAUACCUCCUCUGGCACAUCUAGUAGUCCCCAUACUCCACACACUACAUAUCUUCCUCCUACUCUUUCUGUCUCCAGCACUGCAAGUAACACUGGUUCUCCUUUAGGAACAUCCCCACAGACCACCAUCACCUAUCCAACACCUUCAGGUCCUCAGACCUCUUUGUCCACACCACUUUCAAUUCUUUCAACCUCCCCUGUAACACGAACUCCUGUGAUACAUACCACCCAAACUCUUGAACACACAGCAUCAUCAGCUUCCACAUCUAUACCAUUGAGCACCAUUCUUCCAACUACUCCAAUGAAGGGUACAAGUUCCCUCAAAACAGCACCAUCUAUCACUCCCACUACAACUGCCAUUACCCAAGUUUACUCUUCAUUCACAACAGCAAAAACUUCUCCCUCGGAGCUGAGUCCAUCCUCAGUGCCCCACAGCUCUACUGUUUCCCCUUCCUUCCCAUCCUUACCAACUGCCACUUCUCUCCCAACAAGUUUUCCAUCCACUUUGGUUUCUCUCACUAAUGUCCCACAUUCCCCAUCUUCCACCACCUCCCAGUUUACCUCCCUUACCACCCAAGCCUCUACAUCAGGGCUACUGUCUUCAACCAUGGGCAUGACAGUCUUCCCAAGUUCCCCAGACACCAACCACACCACUAGGCCUGGUACCAGCCCACUGCCUACAUCUGUGUUCCUGAGCAGUCCUGCUUCUCCCACUGGAAGUUCCUCACUGUCCACCCCAGUGUCACUCUCCAGUCCGGACUCCUCCGUCUCCUCUCCACCCAUUGAUCCUGGAGCCUGCAGCUUGCAGGAAGAGGAGCAACAGAUUAUCUACCAGGGCUGCAUGGCAAACGUGACUCUAACUCGUUGCCAGGGUUUCUGCGCCUCCUCUGUCAGUCUCAAUACGGACACCUUGCAGUUGGAGACCCGCUGUGGCUGCUGCCAGCCCCUUAGCACCUACGAGAAGCGACUCUCCCUGCCCUGCCCCGAUCCCAAUGCACCAGGUCAGCAGCUCACACUCACCCUCCAAGUGUUCAGCAGCUGUGUAUGUAGCCCCCUGCAAUGCAAGGACUAA